UGAAGACGACGAAGUUAAAGACGUUGCAACCAUUACGGGCGGCCAACCGCCCUAACCGCCCCAAUGUGCGGAACCAAGAAAGAUACCCUCACACUAAUCGGGGUGGCCUGCCUGGCCAUAAAUGGAUUCAACGUCGCAUUUGUGGAAUUUUGUCUCCGAGAUAUGUUUCUUGAACACGAAUGGUACAACUACGUUCCGGACGUUCACAACAUCAGUGCUUGGGUGGGCGGCAUCGAGACUUCCGACAACAUUCUGUUAGGCCUAGCAGGUGUCAGCGUUCUGUUCGACAUCACUUUGAUCUUGGGAUGCGCUACGGACAACCCAACGCUGAUCUUCGUCUCAGGAGUGUGGCACAGUGGUGACUGCGUGGCGGACGCUGUCAUAGGAUUCUUGUCCGCCAACUACACGAUCCCGUCAAUAUUUAAGUCGGCGGAGGCUUCCGAAAAAGAAAAGAAAUCUAUUUGGCAACAUGAAGGUAUACAGGAGGUACAGGAACGCAGACAUCCAAGGGACACCAGACAACAAAAGCGUCGGGAUAAGGUAAGUAGAUAAACCGCAUUUGAUGUG